AUGUUGUUUUGCAAACCGUCUCAUUCUAUCCAUAUCUAUCUAUCUAUCUAUCUAUCUAUCUGUCUAUCUAUCUAUCUAUCUAUCAGUCAUUUCAUAUCUAUCUGUCUAUCUAUCAGUCUAUUUAUCAGUAUUUCAUAUAUAUCUAUCUAUCAGUCUGUUCAUAUCUAUCUAUCUAUCUAUUUAUCUAUUAGUCAUUUCAUAUCUCUCUCUAUCCGUCUAUCAGUAUGUUCAUAUUUUUCUAUCUAUCUUGAUUACAGGUUGUUUUGCAAAUCGUCUCAUUCUAUCCAUAUCUAUCUAUCUAUCUAUCUAUCUAUCUAUCUAUCUAUCUAUCUAUCAGUUAUUUCAUAUCUAUCUGUCUAUCUAUCAGUCUAUUUAUCAGUCUGUUCAUAUCUCUCUAACUAUCUAUCUAUCUUGACGACACGUUGUUUUUUCAAACCGUUUCAUUCUAUUAAUAUCUAUCUAUCUAUCUAUCUAUCUAUCGAUCGAUCUAUCUAUCUAUCUAUUGAUAUCUGUCAGGCAUUUCAGAUCUAUCUGUCUAUCUAUCAGUCUGUUCAUAUCUAUCUAUCUAUUUAUCUAUUAGUCAUUUCAUAUCUCUCUGUCUAUCAAUCCGUCUAUCAGUAUGUUCAUAUUUUUCUAUCUAUCUUGAUCACACGUUGUUUUGCAAAUCGUCUCAUUCUAUCCAUAUCUAUCUAUCUAUCUAUCUAUCUAUUUAUCUAUCAUCAUUUCUAUUUAUCAGUCUCUAUCGCUAUAACUAUCAGUCUAUUUGACCACACGUUGUUUCAAACCGUUUCAUUCUAUUCAUAUCUAUCUAUCUAUCUAUCUCUAUCCAUCUAUCUAUCUAUUCAUUUGCAAACCGUUUCAUUCUCAGUCUAUUCAUAUCUAUCUAUCUAUCUAUCUAUCUAUCUUAUCUAUUAUCUUCAUCUCUAUCUAUCUAUCUAUCUAUCUAUCAGUCAUUUAUUCAUCUGUCUAUCUAUCAGGCAUUUCAUCUCUAUCGCUCUAACUAUCUAUCUAUUUAUCUGUUUUUGCAACCGUUUCAUCUAUCAUAUCUAUCUAUCUAUCUAUAUCUGUCUAUCUCAUAUAUAUCUAUCUAUUAGUCUGUUCAUAUCUCUAUUUAUCUAUUAG